ACAGAUGUGUCAGAGCUGCUGUGUGGCGGAGCUGAGGGAACAGCUACGUGACCGGGAGCUGGCUUGGGCUUUCCCCCCUGCACUUUUAACACAACCUGGAGACAUGUUUACUAGGUUUGACUUUUUUGGACACUGAAGCUGAAUCGAACGUGUCGCUGAACAGUGUUUACAGUGCUGAUUAAUUAUCAUCGCCACAUGGAACUCAUUCCCUCGUUUGAACAUAUGAAGACUGAUCACUAUAACUGGAAAUAUUGCUAUUGAUGUGUGACCAAAGUGCGGAGAUGCCUGGGGGGGACAGCGGCCCAGAUGGGGAGGAGCCCGCGCUAUCGCCAGCUACAGCUGAAUGUGGAGGGGAGGAGAGUGUGAUGUCCAGGCAGCAGGACAGAGGGGCACAGGGGAGAGGAGCUUCAGGUGGAGAAGUCGGGCAGGAAGAUGAAGAGAUGACCAGUGGUUCACAUGACCUCUCCUCCUCGGCCAAUCACAGCCCUGGGAGUGCCACUGGAUCCACCUCCAUUUCAACCAAGAGCGGUGAGCAUGCAGAUGGUGGCAGAGGGCAGGCCCACAGAGAAGUGAAGAUCACUGUGGCUGAGAUGAAGAAGAGGCUUCCGUCAGGCAAAGGCAGUCGCAGCAAAUCCAGCACCGUGGAGGCCUUACAUUACGCACUUAACUGUGUCAAACAAGUUCAAGCCAAUAGUAAAUACUACAAACUGCUGAUUAGAACUGGCCAGGAUGAGAGGAGAAAUGCCACCGUUUGCUCCCUGGAAGAGUUGGAAAGAGUCACGUCUGAACACACCCUUAAAAACACGGACUCUUUCGUGGUUGUCUUCUCCCUGUCGAGCGGCCGCGUGCUUUACGCGUCGGAGCAGGCUCACACCAUUCUAUGCUGCAAGCGGAAGUUCCUGGAGUCGGCCAAGUUUGUGGAUUUGCUCUUCCACCAAGAUGUUAAUGUCUUCUACGCGCACACGGCUCAGCCGCACCUGCCGCCCUGGAGCAACUCGCACACAGCGGGGGUUCUGUUUGACUGCGCGCAGGUCAAGUCCUUCUUCUGCAGAAUCAGGGGUAGGAAGGACCGUGAGGGGGAGAUGCAUUACAAUCCAUUCCGAAUUACGCCGUACCUGCUGAAGGUGCAGGGAACAGGAGCAAGUGGAGAGGAGGAGGAGCCGUGCUCUCUGUCACUGGCUGAACGCAUCAUCUCUGGAUAUGAAGCCCCUCGGAUCCCCAUGGACAAGCGCAUCUUCACCACCACACACUCCCCUGGUUGUGUGUUUCUGGAAGUGGAUGACAGGGCUGUGCCGUUGCUAGGAUACCUUCCUCAGGAUCUGAUUGGCACGUCGUUGCUGAAUUGUAUUCAUCCAGAGGACCGGCCCCUCCUGCUGUCCAUGCACCGGAAAGUGUUGAAGUAUGCUGGCCAGCGGCCAUUUGAGCACUCUCCUGUGCGUAUGCGCUGUCAGAAUGGAGACUACAUCACCUUGGACACCAGCUGGUCCAGUUUCAUCAACCCAUGGAGCCGCAAGGUGGCCUUUAUCAUCGGACGGCAUAAAGUCAGAACGAGUCCACUGAAUGAGGAUGUAUUUGCUGCUCGGACUCAGGAGGAUUUUACAGUCACUCAUGAAGAAAUUAAAGACCUGCAAGCAAAGAUCUAUAAGCUUUUCCUGCAGCCAGUCCACAACAAUGGUUCCAGUGGUUACGGCAGCUUGGAAAGUAAUGGAUCUCAUGAGCAUUACAUCAGCGUCGCUUCUUCAAGUGACAGCAAUGGUAACCUAUGGGAGGACUCACACCGGGAAUCGAUGACUUUGCAGCAGAUCUGUGCCGAUGUGAACAGAGUGAAGAGUUGGGGUCAGCAGGCUUAUCUGGAUUCCAACCACAAAAUGUCUUUUCUUGGCAAACCUGCCACAGCACGUCUGCCGCCCGCAGUCUUAAACCCUGAGGUCAGAGAUCAUGAAGAAAGCAGGAAGCAAACACACAUUCCCUCCUAUCAGCAAAUCAACUGUGUGGACAACAUCAUCAGAUAUUUGGAAAGCUGUACAGGUCCAGCCCUUAAGCGCAAGAUGGUGGUGUUGGACAGUGAGGUGUCAAUGGGCCCUGCAGCUGUAGUGGAAGCACCUCUCACAGACAUCACAAUGUCCACCGAGGCCAUGAGUGUGGUCUCAGUCACCAGCCAGUGUUCAUACAGCAGCACCAUCGUACAUGUGCCGCAGCCUGAGUCAGAGGCCACGGCACCAGAGGAUGCACAUAUGGGCAGUGAGCCUGCUGAUGCUGUUCCCACACACGUCCGUCCUGCCCCGAGCCCCGCCGCGGAGGAGCGAAGAUUUGUCGGUCUCACCAAGCAGGUGCUGUCAGCUCAUACCCAGAAGGAGGAGCACGAGUAUGUGGAUCGUUUCCGCCACCGCAUCCUCCAGAGCCCCUACAGCUCCUACCUGCAGCUGGACAACAACUCGAUGGCUCACUCCCAUCACCCAGGUGAUUACCUACGUCCAUUGAGCGGCGGUGGUUGUAACCGCUCUCGGGGAGGAAAGCCCAGGUACAAGCGCCCCAAACCCCAGGGUUCCUCAGAUAGCUAUGCCUCUCCACCUGGCCCUCCUCGCCGUGUCCCUGUCUCUUCCUGGCCUCCAUCAGAGUCAUCUCAGCCCCAGAUGGGUGCACCCUACAGCCAAACAUCCCCACUCCAGACGCCAUUCUUCCCUAUGAUGGCGACUCAGCCUAGCCCAGAGCAACCGCCCAGAGCACAACAGAUGCCUGGAGCGACUCCUGGAGCGACUCCUGUAGUGCGGCGGUCUCCAGACCAAACCCAGCUCAGCUACAACUUCAACACCAUACAGUCGACUCAGAGCCUGUCAGGCAUGCAACCAAUCCACAUGCAUUCCAUUCCGAGUCUGCAGAACUUUCACACCAUGCCCAUGGCUCCAGUCCAACCCAUCAACCCUUACUUGACUCCAGUCAUGGCCGUCAUCCUUCCCAACUACCAAACUUUUACUCCAGGUUACCCAGCCAUGUUCCCUCCAUCGGGUACCUCCAUGCUGCCCCAGGCACCCAUCACCAUGACGGGCUUUGCCCCUGGCAGUUCCCCUUUCCUGCAGCCUCAGUUCCAAACCCAGCCCAGCCCCCACACUAUGACCUCCCCGGUCCCUCUGCUUUGCUCUCCCAGACCCAGCUCCUCUGUUGGGGAGGAGGAGGAGGCACCUGGAGCCCGAGCUUUAUUCUCCAGCUCUCGCUCGAGUUCUCCCCUGCAGCUCAACCUGCUGCAGGAGGAGCUGCCCAAGCCGAGUGAAGGGCAGAGCAGCACCGGGCACAACCACACAAAGAGCCUCCAUGGAAAACAUGCCAACGAGGCUGACACCCCCAGUGACUCUGGGAACCAUGAUGCCCAGUCUACAUCCAGUGAGAUGCUUGAUCUGCUCCUGCAGGAGGAUACCAGGUCAGGGACCGGCUCCAACGCUUCAGGAUCAGGGGAGUCUGGAGGCUCGUUGCGAUCUGGAUCUGGAUCUGGCUCCAAUGGAACCUCCACCUCUCACACUGGCAGCAGCAACAGCAGCAAAUACUUCGCCAGCAAUGAUUCAUCAGACACGUCGCGCAGAGCCCGCAAGAGCCAAGCGGCACCAGCAGAGAACCAGCACAGCUUCGACACGUGUGCGGAGAACUCCCUGUGGAGCAUGAUCCACAACACACCUGAGCGAGUCAUGAUGACGUACCAGAUCCACACCAGGGACCAGACUGAGGUGUUGGCAGAAGACAGGGAGAAGCUUCGGGUUCUUCAGCCUCUCCAGCCCCGGUUCAGCCAGGAGCAGAGAGAAGAGCUGGCUGAAGUCCAUCCCUGGAUCCAACAGCGCACUAUCCCACAGGAGAUCGAUACACAGGGUUGUGGGACCUGCAGCUCAGGAGCAGGGGUCACCCACUUCCCUCACCCACCUGCCCCAGAAAGCUCCUCCCCUCAGCAGGACUCCAGUGGACCUGUGUUGGACACUUGAGAGACAUGGUACCCCUAAAAACAACCACCACCCGGUUCAUAGCGAACCAGCCCAGCCAGAGACCCUCCCAGAAAGUCCCACCAUGCAUCUUCUUCUGACCAGUCCAGAGGAGUGUGUCCCUUUGCUUUAAAUACAUGUUUAACUUGUUAUGUAAAGUUAUCGGAGGCUGGACCAGGCCCUGAGGAGUGGAGGAGUGGAGGAGGCAUUUCGUCUCAGUCGGCCUGACAUUGGACCAUGAAUAUUUGACCUCUCUUCUGUUUGUGUUUAUAGAGCCUCUGUCGGGCUUUAGUUUGUAUCCAAGACUCCUUUGGUGCCAUGAGCCACUUGAUGCCCAAGAGAGGAAGAGGAGGGUCGUUCGGUUGCUGAACAUGAGCACUAUGUACUCACACCCAGUCUGCUGGACCAGUGACUGGGUGACAAAGACAGCGCUGGCCCAGUUGUCGUAUUACAACACACAGCAGACUGUGCUCCAGUGACAUGGAGCGCAGGUUGUACAGUUUACAUGUACCACAUCAUCUCCUUCAGUGACAUACCAUGGAUUACACAUGGUAGUUUAGUUUUCUUUCCCCGAUGGGCACUAAGACAAAGACACUGUUUAUAAUGUUCAAAUAUGAAUAUUGUAUUUUAAUUGUUAUUAUUCCAUCAGUUCUUGUUUAGAGCAUCAUUGUUUUUUAUGUUACUCUGAGUCACAAACAACAGCAAACAUGUUGAUAUUUUCAAAUUGAAUUUAGUACAACAAAAUAAAUGCACCCCAGUUUACUUCAAACGACCUGUCGCAGCUCCUUUUCACUACCCAGCUUCCUGCCUGGUCCUCACCCUGUAGAUGACCUCCAACUGUAAACAGACACAGCAGGGCCCCAAAUAUCCUCUGAUCCUGCGUUUACUCUCUGAAUGAAUUCCCCUCCACACUCUGUGUAGCUCUCUGUCUGAAUGACUGCGUGUUUGUGUGAAAGAGAGCGACAGAGGAAUCAACUAACACGUUGUAGUUCCUACUGGAAUAGGUCCGAUGGCAGGUGAUCUCAUGAAUGUGUGUGUGUUGUCCAAAAGUGCAGGACAGACCAGGGUUUCCUAAAGUUUUUAGAUGGAAAGUAUAUAUCGUUUUUAUAGAAAAUGUUUAUCACAAAAUAAACUUCACAAAGUGUAUAAAAAAAACCAUUUGUCUUGAUUUCAGGGACUGUCUGUGACACAAAGGAAUGAAUGAAUAAAUGAUCAAUGAUCUAACAUGCA